AUGGAGGGCCUGUUCUUCAAUGUUAAUGCCGGAUACGUCGAGGGUAUCGUCCGAGGAUAUCGGAACAGCCUUUUGACCGGCCAGAACUACUCCAACUUGACACAAUGCGAAACCAUUGAUGAUGUGAAGCUGCAGCUAGGGCCUGCAUAUGGCGAUUUUCUUGCCGCCCUGCCCCCGAACCCCUCCACCUCUUCCCUCGCUGGCAAGAUGACCGACAAGCUGGUCUCUGAAUUCCGAUACCUCGUCGCCCAGUCUACCGGCUCAACAGCCAAGUUCCUCGAGUAUCUAACCUACGGUUACAUGAUUGAUAAUAUCGCCCUUUUGAUUACCGGCACUUUGCACGAGCGCGACACUCGGGAACUCCUAGAGCGAUGUCACCCGCUGGGCUGGUUCGAGACUCUGCCUGUCUUGUGCGUCGCUACCAAUAUCGAGGAGCUCUACAACUCAGUGCUCGUGGAAACUCCGCUUGCACCGUACUUUAAGAGCAGUCUCAGUCACCAGGACCUGGACGAACUCAACAUUGAGAUCGUUCGCAACACCCUCUACAAAAACUACCUAGAGGACUUCUAUAACUUUGUGAACAGCCAUGCGGACUUUGCUGGCCCGACCAAGGAUAUCAUGUCGGAGAUUCUGCAGUUUGAGGCCGAUCGCCGUUCGAUCAACAUCACGCUCAACUCGUUUGGCACCGAGCUGUCCAAGCAAGAGCGAAGGAAGCUAUACCCUGAGUUUGGCAAUCUCUACCCUGAGGGGAGCCUAAUGCUCUCUCGUGCCGAGGACGUUGAGGGUGUGGCCUUGGCUGUGAGUGCUGUUGCAGAUUACAAGAGCUUCUUCGACGCUGUAGGUCUGAGUCAGGGUAGUGGUGGCCUUGGUGGCAUGGGCGGCGGCCCUGCUGACGGGAAGAGCCUGGAGGAUCUCUUCUAUCAGAAGGAGAUGGAGAUGUCGAAGAUUGUGUUCACUCGUCAGUUCACCCCGGCGGUGGUGUACGCGUGGAUGAAGCUUAAGGAGCAGGAAAUCCGGAAUGUCACCUGGAUCUCGGAGUGCAUCGCCCAGAAUCAGAAGGAGAGAAUUGGCAAUUUCAUCUCCGUCUUCUAA